AUGGGAACGGAUGGGAGGGGCGGUUGGGCUAGCGCCGACAACCACGAGCGGAGGUUCGACAGCGCAGGGGGCGGGGAAAUCGGCGGAGGCGGGGGGGAAUUUGGCGGGGAAUUCGACGACGCUGACGGGGCGGCGGAGGGCGACGAGAAGGCAGUUGCGCGCGGGGGAGAGGGGGGCGGAGGGGACGCGAAGGCGGAGGCGCGCGGAGAGGGACAGGCGCAAGGAGGGGCAGGCGGCGGAGAGAACGCGGAUGAUGGGGGGAAGGAGCAGGCGGCGAGCGGCGCUUACUGCGCGCGGGAAGCGAGCCUGCACGCGGAGGAGGCGGCUGGCACUCUAAAAUUCAUAUGCUGCCGGAACGAUGGGGUGGACGAACACAUGAUAUGGCUGGUGGGGUUGAAGAACAUCUUUUCACGGCAGCUGCCCAACAUGCCCAAAGACUACAUCGUGCGCCUGCUGCUCGACCGAACGCAUAAGUCAAUGAUGCUCAUCAAGGCAGGCACGGUCGUUGGUGGCAUCACAUACCGGCCCUACCCCUCGCAGCGGUUUGGGGAGAUAGCGUUUUGUGCCAUUACUGCCACGGAGCAGGUGAGGGGGUACGGCACGAGGCUGAUGAAUCACCUCAAGGCGUAUGCGAGGGAUGAGGAUGGGCUUCGCUACUUCCUCACCUACGCUGACAACAACGCUGUUGGCUACUUCGUCAAGCAGGGAUUUACCAAGGAGAUCACCAUGCCUAAAGCGCAAUGGGAGGGGUACAUAAAGGACUAUGACGGGGGCACGCUGAUGGAGUGUGUGUUGGAGAAGGGGCUGCCCUACACCACUCUGCCCGCAGUGCUGCUCAAACAGAGGCAGGCCAUAACGGAGCGCAUGAGGCAAGUGGCGCGCUCCCACGUGGUGCACCCCGGGCUGGACUUCCCCCGUGACUCCUGGGGCGUGCCCAGGCGCGCCCUCAGGCUGGCUGACAUCCCCGGGCUGGCGGAGAGCGGGUGGACGCCGGAGAAGAGUGGCGCCAAUAAGAUCCGAUUGGUGCAGGUGGCGCCAGAUGGGACAAAGGAUGUGAGCCGCGACGGGCCGCCCACCAAGGCCCAGCUGCACAACCUGAUGAAGCAGAUGCACCGGGCGGUGAUGGAGCAUGCGGACUCGUGGCCGUUCAAGGACCCCGUGGAUGGCAAUGAGGUGCCCGACUACUAUGACAUCAUCAAGGACCCCAUCGAUCUGAAGACGAUGCAGAAGCGGCUGGAGGCGGAGAGCUUCUAUCUGACGAUCGACAUGUUUGUGGCUGACAUGCGCCGCAUGACCGCCAAUGCGCGCACCUACAACGCGCCCGACACCAUCUACUUCAAAUGCGCCAACAGGCUAGAGAACUUCUUUCUCAACAAGCUCAAGGCCUCCGUGCGCCUGCACCACGGUUGA